CCCGGCCGUUUUGAGCUCGCAGCCGGAGACGGAGCAGCAGGGCGGCGGGAGGAGCGAGGGAGGAAGGAAGGCAGGCUGCCGCGUCGGCGGUGUCCGCAGGUGAGCUAGCUAGCUAGCUCUUCUUCGCUCUCGCUCGCUUGCCUCUGGCUGGCGCGUCGCCUCUCUCGAGAAUCGAGAUCACCGGCUGCGGCUGGCGCCUUGCUGUGCAGCACUGCUGGGCCGCCGCCGCCGUGUGCGCUGGUGUGGUCAUGGUCAUGGCGCGAGAGGACAAGCGCGCGGGGUUCCAAGUUAAAGUUACCAUUGGCUGGCCUCCUGCUACGUACUCCGAUCCCGCCUGCAGGGGGGCGCGCCUGCGUGUGAUCCGCUUUCGCCGCCCGCCCGGCCGUGUCUGUCUCUCGUUUUGCGUUUUGUCCUCUCCGGCUGUCUCGCGUGGCUUCGCUCGCUCGCUGCAAGGCCGCCGUGGAGUUGGAGCGCAGCGCACAACGACGCGACAACAACCCACCACCGAUGCGAUGAGAGGCGCGAGUCCCUGGGCGUGACGUCCUCACUCCUCGUCCGGGGGGUGUGCAGGUAGACGACAGCGGAGCACCAGCAGAACUACAGCAGGUGGCCCGACGACGCCAUGCCGGAGAAGAAGACACAGGCCGCGUUCUGCGGCGAGGCGGUGAUCGCCGACUUGGAGGCGCUGACGCGGGAUGCCGCAGCCGUGCAGCGGGACACGCUGUGCCGGAUCCUCGGUGACAACGCCAGCGCGCAGUACCUCCGGUGCCGUGGCCUCGACGGACGCACCGACGCCGCCAGCUUCAGGGCGUGCGUGCCGCUCGCCACGCACGCCGACAUCGAGCCCUACAUUGCGCGCAUCGCCGACGGCGACACCUCCGCGCUGCUCACCGCCAAGCCCAUCACAUCCAUGUCCCUCAGCUCCGGCACGACGCAGGGGAAGCGCAAGUACCUGCCCUUCAACCAGGUGCUCGUCAAGUCCACUACAAGAAAUAAGGCUUUAUAUGACGGUUUACUGGUGACGUUCUAA